AAACAGGGGAGAGGAGGGAGAGGAGGGAGAGGAGGAUGCUGUGGAGGAGGAGGAGGGACAGCUCGUAGCCGGCUACAUGUGGAGCUGCCGGGGCUGAGAGAGCUGAGAGGAAGCCUCGGGAGUGAAGAGGUGGUGGAGAAGAAGAGGGCAGGCUGGCACCAGGUGCCCCCCAGCACGGAUCUACCAUGGGUAAGGGGGGACAGAAUGAAGACAGCUGCAGUUCUGGAUGUGUCAAGUCGGAGCCCCGGUACACCUGGGAAGAGGUGCAGAAACACAACACCAAGAGCGACAAGUGGCUGGUGAUAGAGCGCAAGGUGUACAACAUCAGUGACUGGGUGAGGAGGCACCCGGGGGGCAAUCGGGUCAUCAGCCACUAUGCUGGAGAGGACGCCUCGGAAGCUUUUUUGGCUUUUCAUCCGGAUCUUACAUUUGUGCGAAAAUUUCUGAAACCGCUCUAUGUUGGUGAAUUGGCAGAGAAUGAGCCUAGCCAGGACCGAGGGAAAAAUGCUCAGCAGGUGGAAGACUUUGAAACUCUACGUAAAACAGCAGAAGAAAUGAACCUGUUUGAUUCCAGUCGGGUAUUUUUCGGCCUUUACCUAGCACACAUCCUGGUCUUGGAGUUUCUUGCCUGGGCUACCCUCUACUACCUUGGUACAGAAUGGAUAACAACCAUAAUCACCAUUCUACUGAUGACAGUUUCUCAGGCCCAGGCUGGAUGGCUACAGCAUGAUUUUGGACACCUGUCUAUCUUCAAGAAGUCAAAGUGGAACCAUAUUGGCCACAAGUUUGUCAUUGGCCAUUUGAAGGGAGCAUCAGCCAACUGGUGGAACCAUCGCCAUUUUCAACAUCAUGCCAAACCUAACAUCUUCAGCAAGGAUCCAGAUGUCAACAUGGUCCACAUUUUCGUACUUGGUGACACUCAGCCAGUGGAGUAUGGCAAGAAGAAGCUAAAGUAUCUGCCCUAUAAUCACCAACAUCAGUACUUCUUCCUGAUCGGGCCUCCACUUUUGAUACCAUUGUAUUUCACAGUCCAGAUUAUGAAGACAAUGAUAGCUCGCAAGGACUGGGUGGAUUUGGCUUGGUCACUUUCUUAUUACGCUCGUUUUUUCAUGACAUUUGUUCCUUUCUUUGGAUUUUUUGGAUCCAUUGCUGUGCUCAAUGCCGUCAGGUUUUUUGAAUCCCAUUGGUUUGUCUGGGUCACACAAAUGAAUCACAUUCCCAUGGAGAUUGACCAUGAAAAAUACAGAAAUUGGCUGGGGAGUCAGCUGGCCGCGACAUGCAACAUUGAGCAAUCCUUCUUCAAUGACUGGUUCAGUGGACACCUCAACUUUCAGAUUGAACAUCAUCUGUUCCCCACCAUGCCUCGCCACAACUAUCACAAGAUUGCUCCACUUGUGCGUUCUCUGUGCAAGAAAUACAACGUCAACUACGAGGAGAAGUCUCUGUACAACGCAAUGCGUGAUAUUGUUCAAUCUCUGAGAAUGUCAGGCGAGCUGUGGCUAGAUGCCUACCUCCACAAGUGACUGGAUUCUUCUGGUCCAGCAGGAUCAUACAAUAACACAAUUCACACCUAUAUUUGUUAUAUUUAGGGUUGUAAUAAACUGCCUCAAAUUUAAGGUGAGGGAGCUUUUCUGUGUGUUUUUACCGUCUUCACUGCCAGGAUGAUGUAGUCCGUUCGCAGUGCGGUGCUUUGCAGAUCUCCCUGGCACUGAUGAGGUUAACGGUUGACGUUGUCUACAUUUCAGCCUUAACUUUAAAGGACUCUUUCAUAAUACGAUAAAAUAUACAACAACAAAAAAAAAGACCGAAGGGCAAUAUGGCACCUUUAACCAUAUCUUUUUGUUCCAACGUGUUGAUACAUUUGUAAAUAAUUGACUAUUAUUGAACCCUGUUGAUCUUCUUCAAUCCAAACCUGUAGCACACCGAGGGGCUUGAUUUUUUUUUUUUAUAUUAAAUCUCCAUAAAGAAACAAAAAAAGACGGAAAUCAAAGAGAGGCUUUUUGAGAGGAAAUUGUGAUGGGGGAAGAGACCAAGUGACGAAGAUAUUGUGAAUGUCGCUAAAGGAGUGUGACAGCAAGUAGAUAUUAGGAAUUAUGAGAUGUAGCAUGUGGCUUUCAGGAAGACUGUGUGACCAUAGGUGGUUGUCAAGAUUGACGUAGACAAUGGAUGAUGUCAAGAAAGAUAAAAGACAAUGUAUGAAUGUCAAGCACGUUGAGUGACAGCUAGAGAGAGAUGGCUUUGGAGGCAAAUCGGGAGUCAACCCGUGUGCAUAAUAUACAGGUUUAUUUCAAGAAAUCUUUUUAAAAGAAUCACCUUGUAUGCUUUAAUUCUAGAUUUCCUGCCUUAAUCUUACUUUUACGUUUCAUAUUACCUGUAGUCAUCAAGGUCUAUUGUGUCACUGACAAUGGUGUCGUAGGAAGGACUGGUUUCCUUUUACUAUUCAGACCUUGCCGAGUGGGUAGUGUCUAUUACAUAGAAACAUAGCUAGAUGGACAAACCGUCCCCCGAUUGUCUAACCUUCUGUGCCUCUUGACCGAGAAACUAGGUCAAGUCUUAAUAUUAGGUCAGUAUACAUGGCUUAUCUAGGCCUUUCAUACAGUAGAAUGAAAACUAACACACCCUUUUAUAAAGUCUAUAGCUAGAAUUGUGCCCUGAAAUGGUUUUUAAUUAACAAAAGAGAUUGUGACAUAUUUUAUGAUUGUGGUCAAUUAAAAAAAAAACUUUUAAUCUUCAGACCAUUUUUUUUCUAUACUAAAGUUACAAACUACAGAAUUAACUUUUUUUGGGCAUUUUUUAUUUCAAUUCUUGACAAUGGGUUCUCAUACCUUUAAAUCUAACUAGAACUACAAGGGGGGAACUUAAAGGUUGUCUUGUGAUUAAUGUACAAAAAUGUAAAUCAGACAUCAUGCAGUACAUGACAACCUCUCUCUAACAAAGCUGGAACCAGAACUGUACCUCACACGGAUCCAGAGAUCUCCCCAUUCAUUGCUCUAAUUGCUCUGCUAGAUUUAUUUCAAGGUUACAGCUUAGUGGUCGUGUCCUUUCUCAGGGCAUACGUCCUUAUGCUGCACCUGUGGCAUGGAACUAAGCAUGUGCGUCCAACUCACUGACGUGGACAGAGAAAUUAGAAAUAAAUGCAACAGCAGGUGGCACUGUACAGAUGGAUUUAAUUAAAUAACCCAGUGGCUAUACUAGAUUUUUCAUUGCAUGCAAUUACAAAAGUAUUCCAAUCCAGGGGCUGUUUUGAAAAGUGUUGAAUAUUUUUCGUGGGGCAACCCCUUUAAGAAACUACAUAAAAUACCAUUUGCUAUGUGAAAAGUGCCUCAUUGACUAUAAACAAUGGAGUCAGGCAUUCUGUUGAAACUGCUACCUAAAAUUUUUUGGAUGAAAAUAACACCAAUGAAGACAAAUAUCCUAAUAGCAGGGCAAUCUGUACAGUAUUGCAUAAGGAGAGUACAAGCCUUCAUAAAUGGGCCAAUAGGCAGAGAUUGCCCUUAUAUUACCAAUAAAGCUGGUUCCAAAAAGCUUAUUAGGCUACAUUCUCGUGACCUGUGGGCCACUUUGUACCAUUGGGCCUGCUAAACUUGUGACUGCACUCCAUAUAAGCAUUUUUUUUUUUCAAAAUGGCUACUUCCCAAUUUCCUGUCUAUGGAACCUUUAGGUAUAACAUUGACCUGUUGAUCUUCUGUACAUGGUAGGACCUUUCCACCAUUAUUAGAUGACCUGUUCUUGACUCUUGUACAGCACUUAGAUAUGGGCUGCUGAGAAAUUAGAUCUGGCCAACUUCAAAUACUCAACAUCUUGUUACUCUGAGGUAAGAAUGUGGGUUCAGAUGUACUUGUGGCAUUUGUAGUUGGGACAAACGACCAGUAAUUUGCACUUGAGUAGCGUCUCCUUCGUGGAGGUAUUUGCCUUUUUUUCAUAUGGUGCUCUUAGAUGGUUCUGGAUAUGGAAUGAGGUAGAAUAGGUGGCCACCUAUCAUCCAUUUAUAUUGGAUCACAGUGGUAGCCAGUUCUUCUUUUACCCAGGCGAAGAUUUGGCUUGCUGCCCUAGCAAUGCAUCUCUACCCUGACCAAGGCAGAGACCAUUUCUGGCAUCAAAACCCUCUGGGUACACAACAUCUGGUGAACACCCCCCACCAAUGGACCUCCCUAGCUAUGCCUCUCUGAUACUGUAGAUUCAAUCAACGUAUAUGAGGAUCCCUUUCUGUUUGUGCUUUGGUGGGUGGCCCUGUGUUUUGUAAUCCAUUGCAUUAUGAUGACCUUUAUGUAUGCAUAUCAAACACUCUCUGAUCAGAUGCACAUAUAUCAAUGACUGAUAUCAUUAGCCCCAGGAGAUCAAAUAAAAUCUAACAAACUUUUACUUGCAAGUUGUUAUUAAGGAUAUCUAUGUACAGCAAUAUAUUAACCCUGGUAAAUGAAUGUCUCUUAAUAAGAUAUGGUCGGAGUUUCUGAGGUUUCUGAUUUUUAAUGUUUUUUUUUUAAUUUAGUCUUAAAUCUCUGCUGUUCUCUUUACAGAAAAAUAGUUUAAAAAAAAUCUUUUUGAAGGUCUAGUGGAAAAAAAAUGAAUGUAAAGUAUUUUGUUUCUUCAGGAAAUUUUAAUACAUUCUCUAGUGUGCUAAAGACAAGAAUGUAUAGUAGAUCUUUGUAUAGCGAUUCUAUAGUGAAAUAAUAUAUUUGCUGAUUUAUGAGUGCAAGGCGUAGAGGAAAAUACAUUUCCAGACAAAA